AUUACCACAACCUGUUUGACAGGCAGGCACCAAGAGGAGGUGAGAAGAGAGACAGAAAACAUAUAUCGUUGUUUCUGUUGCAAGCGAACGAAAGAUCAAUAUUUAACACAGAAUUUGUCGCUUGAAUUAAACUAGAAGAAAAAAAAAAACCAAGCCUGCUGUAUAUCAGACGAGAUUUCCUGACUAUACGUUAGCCUAGAUUUGGAGGUACGCGGCCACAGUGUGCGAAGGGCUAGCUAACUGUUAGCUGGCCGUCUACACAGCUUAGCCAUUGAUGCAAUGGCGUUGAAACGAAUUCAGAAGGAGCUGUCUGACCUGCAGAAGGACCCACCUGCUCAGUGCUCUGCUGGACCAGUUGGGGAGGAUUUAUUUCAUUGGCAGGCAACAAUAAUGGGUCCGAGUGACAGCCCUUAUCAGAGCGGCGUGUUUUUCCUCACCAUUCACUUCCCGACAGACUACCCUUUCAAACCACCCAAAGUUGCAUUCACAACAAAAAUUUACCACCCUAAUAUCAACAGCAAUGGAAGUAUUUGUCUGGAUAUACUGAGAUCACAAUGGUCACCUGCACUUACAGUAUCAAAAGUAUUAUUGUCUAUCUGCUCUCUUCUUUGUGAUCCAAACCCGGACGACCCACUGGUACCAGAGAUUGCCCAUACAUACAAGGCUGACAGGGAAAGGUACAACAAAUCAGCAAGAGAAUGGACACAUAAGUAUGCAAUGUGAAAAUUCCAGGCAAAUCAAAAUACAAAUGAGAACAAAAGAAACACGUUUGAUUUGUAACUUGAGGCAAAUGAGCAACAGAGGUGAGGAAUAGGAGGAGGAGGAGGAGGAGGAGGAGGAAGUGAUACAAUGAGGUACAGUGCCACCUGGCUUUCCAUGUGCUGAGCUGCUACCAUGUGCUGUCCUUCAUGACUUGUGUGAAUCUGCUGAGCAGGACCUGAUGGGCUCCUUAAAGCACUCACAUAUGGAAUACCGGAAACUCUUCACAGUCCAUACCGCCACACUCAGACUUUAAACUGUUACUCCUGCUAUUGUGAUUUUCACUAUUGUUGUUGCUAUUCAUACUCAUCAUUUUCACUGUCAAUGAGUCAUAUUGUUGUGCUACUCCUGAAGCAACAUGUUUGAUUUGUUUUGGAGAUUGGCUCUCCCUUUAUUUUCAGAGGUACUGUCUGUGUCCCACUGGAUGUCUUGUUAUUGCUGUAUUUCCAUGUAUUUAGUGGCCUUUCUGUGUUAUGAUUUUUGGUAUAUGUGCAAUUGAGGCAGAAUGUUACCUGUUCAACUCAAAAUGGUGCAGUACCAUUACCAGCAGCUGAUCUGUUGGCACAUACUGUCUCUACCCCGUAACAAUGUGAAAGAUGCAAAGAAGGAUCAGUCUCUUAUCACCCACACUGCAUUUUAAAUUGCAACCGUAUUUAGUUUGUUUUGAGGACACUGUUGUGGGGCUACAUAGGGUGAUGUCAACUCCCAUUUUUCUCACAUGCCGUCAUUGCCCUUAUAUUCUGUAUAACACCCAUGGCUGGUAUCCAUAGUGCACAAAAUACUACUGUUUGACAUAUUACUUGUUGUAAGGCUAUGAACAUAGCUACUCUUUGGCAUAUAGCUGAGCCGUGUGCCACCUCCUCAGUACAGUUACUCAGGUAUCUAACCAAAUCAUUAGCCUUUACAUGGAGUGACCCAUUGUGAGAAAAAUGACCAGGUUGUGUAUCAUCAGCCUCCUUAAAAAUGUACUGAUCAAAGUUCACUGAAGAGACUCGUUGAUAAAAAGAAAGAUCUGCACUCCUGAAGUUCUUCAUGCAUCGAGGCCCUGACGGUCUUUGUUGCACAAAAAUAUGUGGUCCCAAAACUAGUCAUUUUGUCUCGGAGAGGGCCUUUUUCAUGAUCCCCCUCGAGUUCUUUUCAUUACCAUCUUCAUUUAUCUUUUAGCAACAUUUGGAUGUGAGUAGCUUUUAAACAAUGCCGUUUUCCUAAGAUGAAAUGGCCUUUGGUUACAGCUGGUGCCAGUUAUACUCAAAAUGGGAACUUAAACACACGUGGCAUUUUUCAGAACCUAUUCAUAUCAAGUCAUGUGCAUCUUGUUACUUGAGGUGAAGAAAUACAAUUUUCAUGACAGUUUCAUCUGCUAUAAACAUCAACUGAUUUGAAAAUUGUCAGAAUUUCUUUAUGUUCCUAUUCGGGUCUGCAAAGGUUUGUUUUGUUUUGGGAUUAACUAUCCACACUGACCGUUUCUCUCGGUGAAACAUUGGUGAGCUUUUGUAUUGUAUCUUUGAAAGCUUUAGUAAUGGAUACUUUUUUUUCUCAUUCAUUUCACCAGAAUUGAACAAGAUUGUGAUGUGUCAUAAUGUAAUAUUGGUUUUAAUAUAAUUAAUUGUGGCUGUUGGGUAAAAUAGUUAGGAAAUGCUAUGAUUUUUUCUCUUUUUUUCUUUUUUUUUUAGUCAUGGCUCAUAAUGUGCUGAUGCUGCCAAUAUAAAGGGAAUUGUUUGAUAUUAUAAAGGGGAAAAGAUUUAGCUUUUGAGGCAUUGAGUGGAUUCAUACCGAUAGGUCCAUACUAAAGCAUGAACAUUUGAUAGGCUUCGAUUGUAGAAUUAACACCAUGGUUCAGGCACCAAAUAUAGAUUGUCAUCAUUGUCAUCUGCUGUAGAGAAAAUUGUCUAAUCGAAUCAUCUUGAAAUACAGUAUAUGCUAAAAGGUUUUGAAAAUAUAUCCUCAAAAUGCAGUGAAAGUCUUUUUUGCUACCAGACCAGAAUUGAAAAUGACGUGCGUAAUAGUACUAGUUAAAACGUUGUGUGCAUUGUUCGUCUGGCUAUUUAUUUGAGAGCAGAGUAUCUUCCAACUGUACCAAUGAAUGCAGCCUCAAUUCAUCAUGUGAGUGGUGCGGCACUGACUUCACUUGUCCAGUGUGCUCAAUAGAGUUUUUAUAGGCAGCUUGGCAUGCUUUGCACUCUGGUGAACCUUCUCACAGCCAUUUGCCAGAUAUCAGGGAUUUCGUUACAAUUCAUCUGCCUAACACCUCUGACUAAAAUUUUAGCCUUAACCCUCAUUUUGUAUAUAUAGAGAGAACAUUGUCAUGAACUGUAAAUUUGCUAUCAGGGCUGUAUCGCCCAAUUGGGUGAUUCAUUUCAUCAAAAGACAUGGAAACCUGCUUGAACAGUAACAAUAUUUUUGUUGAAAAUGUCAGCCUGGUUUUCUUUAACAGCAGGACCAGCCUUCAUGCAUCUCAAAAUUUGGAAUAUGUCUGCUUGAAAUGCCACCAUGAACGUCCACUUGUCCUCACAUAGCCUACACAAGAUAACUAUUGACCUUGUCAUAACAUAUAAAUAAAGCUCAUCUUGGUUUACCGUU